GCUGCGCAGCGCUGACAUCAUCUCGAUCAUAUUUCAUGCGAGAAGUGAGCGAGCCGCCCCGAACCAGGCAGGCGCUGCGGAGCUCGAAGACCCUGCCGAAGGAGCGAGCGCGGAGGAGUGGAUCAGAGCGGAGGAUGAGAGCUUCCAGCCCGGCGUUGAUAUGCACGCUCGUAGUAGUGCUGGCACGAGGAGGAGUCGGCGGCGCGCGAGGGGAGGCGGAGAUCUCCAGGAAAACGUACGAUCCUUGCUGUCAUUACCCCUGCCAGAACAGGGGCGUGUGUGUGAGGUUUGGCCCAGACAGAUAUGAGUGUGACUGUACCCGCACAGGUUACUACGGAGAAAACUGCACGAUCCCUGAGUUCUGGUCUUGGGUUCGACAGCAGCUGAAACCCAGCCCCGAUGUGGUGCACUACAUACUGACCCACUUCAAGUGGCUGUGGGAUAUUGUCAACCAGACCUUUCUGAGAGAUGUUUUCAUGCGCUUGGUCUUUACAGUAAGGUCCAAUCUAAUUCCCAGUCCUCCAACGUACAACUCCAAGUAUGGGUACCUGAGCUGGGAGUCAUACUACAAUACAACGUACUAUACCCGCAUCCUGCCCCCAGUGCCUGAAGACUGCCCCACACCCAUGGGUGUCAAAGGAAAAGCUACACUUCCAGAUCCUGAAUUACUGGUGGAGAAAUUUUUCCUGAGGAAAAAGUUCAGACCAGAUCCCCAGGGAAGCAAUCUGAUGUUUGCCUUCUUUGCUCAACAUUUUACCCAUCAAUUUUUCAAGACACACAAUCGGAAGGGGCUGGAAUUCACUAAAGCUCUGGGACAUGGAGUUGAUGCUGGGCACAUUUACGGCGAUAACCUGGUCCGUCAACUAAAUCUGCGACUUCACAAAGACGGAAAACUGAAAUACCAGAUGAUAGAUGGUGAGAUGUACCCCCCAACGGUGAUGCAGGCACCUGUGGAAAUGAGCUAUCCAAAACAUGUGCCUGCAGAACAGCGGUUGGCCAUUGGCCAGGAGGUGUUUGGGCUCCUGCCUGGCCUGUCCAUGUAUGCCACCCUGUGGCUGCGUGAACACAACCGCAUCUGUGACAUCCUGAAGGCAGAACAUCCCACCUGGGACGACGAGCAGCUCUUCCAGACAGCCCGUCUCAUCAUCAUUGGUGAGACAAUCCAAAUUGUGAUUGAAGAGUACGUUCAGCACCUGAGUGGUUACCUGCUGAAGCUGAAGUUUGACCCCAGCCUGCUGUUCAGCUCCCAGUUCCAGUACGGGAAUCGCAUUUCUGUGGAGUUCACCCAGCUGUACCACUGGCACCCUCUAAUGCCGGACAGCUUCCACAUUGAUGGCAGUGACGUUCCCUAUUCCCACUUCCUCUUCAACACCUCAAUUCUGACCCAUUAUGGUGUGGAGAAACUUGUGGAGUCCUUUUCAAAACAACCAGCUGGCCAGGUAUGUGGGGGUCACAACAUUCAUCAUGUGGUGGCAAAUGUGGCUGUGGGCACCAUUAAGGAAUCCAGAUACCUGCGCAUGCAGCCCUUCAACGAGUACAGGAAGCGGUUUAACUUGAAACCUUACACAUCCUUUGCCGAAUUCACAGAUGACAAAGUUAUGGCUCAGGAGUUAGAGGAGCUCUAUGGAGAUAUUGAUGCCUUAGAGUUCUACCCUGCAAUGCUGCUUGAGAAGGCGCGCCCCAACGCCAUAUUUGGUCAGAGUAUGGUGGAGAUCGGGUCACCUUUUUCCUUGAAAGGGCUCUUGGGAAACCCCAUCUGCUCUCCAGAGUACUGGAAGCCCAGCACCUUUGGUGGUCAAACAGGGUUUGACAUCGUCAGAUCGGCAACGCUAGAGAAGCUGGUGUGCCUCAACACAAAGUGGUGUCCAUAUGUGGCUUUUCAUGUGCCACCAGCAGAUUACAACCAACAGGAAGUUGCACAGAAGGAGAAGACCAUGGAGAAGCAGAGCCCCAAGAGAGAAAGCAACAUGCCAAGUUUUAUCAGCCCAUAUUACCUCCAGUCUUUUCCGAAGUUUUCCCUCGGGUUCAGAGAGCUGAGGCUAGAUGAAGGAUGGUUUAACAAGGUAACAUUAAACUCGUCUUUACUGAGACCGGUGAAAGGAAAAGCAAUCGGAGGUCGUUUUUGGCAACAAGAAAGAGAAGGUGUUACCAUGACUACACUGGAUGACAAGCUGCUUGGGGAGAAGCUGCAGUAUUACUACAGCAGCAGUGAGGAUGAAGACAGUGACAAGGAGGAAGAGAAUGUGGAUGACAAGACCAUUCGUAACCCGGAUGUUCUGGAGGUGGAAUACAGUCAGGACGGCAGUGCCAUAAAUACAGGGCCAAAAGGUGUAAUUAAUGACUGGAGGAAGUACAAGCAGCUGGAGACAGAGCAGCGCCAGGAGCAGAAGAAGGAGAUGGAGCGGCUGAUCAAGAAGUUGUCCAUGACCUGUCGCUCCCAUCUGGAUGAUGAGCGUGAGAAGGAGAAGCAGAAGGAGCUGCAGGCCAAGAUAAAUGGCAAGAUGACGCUGCAGGAAUACAACCUGCUUCAAGAGGAUGAGGAUGAUGAAGAUUUCUUGGCACAAUACCGCAAGCAGCGCAUUGACGAGAUGCGGCGGCAGCUGUACGCCGGCAAGCGCUUUGAGCAGGUGUUUGAGCUGAGCAGUGGGGAGGAGUUCCUCGAGGCUGUGGAUAAGGAGGAUAGGGGCACGUUGGUGAUGAUCCACAUCUACGAGGAGGAUGUGCCUGCCUGUGAGGCCAUGGCUGGCAGCCUGCUGUGCCUGGCGCAGGAGUACCCGCUCGUGAAGUUCUGCAGCGUGCGCAGCUCUGUCAUUGGCACCAGUUCUCUUUUCACAGGCAAUGCGCUGCCUGCCCUACUGGUGUACAAGGGUGGCGACCUCAUUGGGAACUUUGUGCGUAUCACCGACCAGCUGGGCGAAGAUUUCUUUGCUGUGGACGUGGAGGCCUUCCUUCAAGAGUACGGCCUGCUGCCAGACAAGACGGCCGUGAUCCCGACCUCGAUUCGCAGCGCUGCCAUUUCGCAGCACGCUCAGAGUGACACGGACAGCGACCUGGACAUCGAUUAGCCUGCAGUGUUCCCCACAUCUCGACAAAAGUAAUUCCUUGUUGGAAAGUAGAUACCCCAUUGUAUGUUCUGAAGAGUCUUUGCUACUGCGUUUAUCCUUUAAUGGUGGAGAUGCACAUGUGCUCCAGAUUAGCGGUUUAACUGUGUGUGUUUCUCCUCCUUCGCCCACCUAUGGUGACAAAACGCUCGAAAUGAGUGCCCGAAUGAGCUGACCACCUUCGUAUUACAGACAGACAUGCACGGUCCAUGGUCAACGCUCAGGUUCCGUGGUUUAACGCCUAGGACGUGUUCAAGGCAAAGAGUACUCGCGUCAUUGUCCUUUACAAAUUAAUUGUUUUUCUUCAUGGACCAUGUAUAAGCACUGGAAUGGCAUGGUGUUAUUCCACAGGAAUUCUUGAGUAAACUUACUAUGAAUAUUUUAAUUGCGGAGCACUGUGGAAGUAAUCUUUUGGCGCAGUCGAACUUGAACAUCGUUCAUAUCCGAUGUUCCUUUUUUGACAAAUUUGGAUUUGGCAGUUGGAUGUUUGGUAACUUUUAUCUCUAAAAAUGCUGUUCUAAAGAUAACUAAUUUAUCAGAAUGUUGUUAAUAGCAUACAUGGCAGUUUUAUUUAUUCAGUACUGUUUAGUGUAGUAUUGGCAAAAGUGGUUUGUAUCUUUGACUCAUAAGUAUGUUCAGAAUCUUCAUGAAAUGUACAUGUGAGCAGCCUUUGUGUUGUGAUGUGAUUUACUGAGUUUUUGUUUGUCACUCAAGUACUCGUAGGCAAAUGCCACUAGUAGUUUAGGAAACAUCAGUCCCGGAACCAUGAGGACAGUAGCCAGUGUGUAUCGAGUUGAUCUGCUGACGGUAAUACUUAUUAUAUAAAAUCAAAAUAAAUAGUAAAAAUUCACUUUGUGAAUAUUUAAAAGGCUGCUUAUUUACAUAUUUGUGGAGCAUUUUAUUAACAUUUCUUUCAUAUGAGUAAAGUCUUCCUAUCAAUAUUACUACAGCUCAAUAUGUACAGCUCUGUGAGAUUAUGGAACUGUGUUUGAAUACAUUUCACAGGGCAUGCAUGUGGUCUCGCUCCGUUUUUCCCUUAAGGUUUUCGUUGAGUUUUGCUGCAGCCUCACAGGGCUAGUUGUCUUCCAGCUGAGUGCAACUCUCUCGUAGAUUCCCGACGCGUUUCCUCGUACUGUGAGCCUUUUCUGUUCCGAGUCGCUCUGUUACUAGAGGAAAGCAUGUGGACAGGGCGAGUCCUGGUAUAACGCCGUGACUCCAGUGCAGCCCCCUGAGUGUCUUCUGAGAGCUGACCAAAUGUCCUGUUCCUUGGAUGCAAUUACACAACUUUUUUUUUUAUUUUUUUACAUCUCUUGUGCUAUUUAAGCUGAAUGCCACAUGCUGAUAUUCUUCUGUAUUAGUGCACAUCAGUGUCCAUAACUAGUGACUUUUCUAGUCCUAAAUGUGCUCUUGCAGGCUGUCACACUUUCUAGGUGCAAGGAGGCAUGACAAGCUUUUGAUCAUUCCUAUAUACAAAAAGUAUUAGUUCUGCACAUUUUCUAUGUUUGAACUAUUGUAAAACAGACAAAUUACAAAUAAAUAAUCAAACCUCAUUAGCCUGUA